AACUGGAAAAAAAAAAAGAAAAAAAAGAGAUUUUUCAGAGAGGAGUUUCUUCUGGUUAGGUUAUUGAUCUUAGCAAUAACCAUGGAAGAACAGAUUUAUCAUCAAACUAAAAAACCCCAUGUAGUAAUCUUUCCUACACCAGGUAUGGGUCAUCUAAUCCCACUCACUGAGUUAGCCAAACAACUCGUUCACCAUCACAACUUCUCCAUUACCCUCAUACUUCCUACUAUCGGUCCGCCAUCCAUGGCAAUGAAAUCCGUCCUCGAUCGCCUACCAGAAACCAUUACUUGCAUUUUGUUAUCUCCUGUCAACUUAGACGAUCAACCCAAAGAUGCUAAAGGUGAAACAAGAAUUUCAAUUGCCAUGGUCCGGUCAUUACCUUAUCUCCGCGAAGAAUUGAAACGCGUAAUCUCUAGUAAACGUGUUGCUGCGUUCGUCAUUGAUCUGUUUGGUACUGAUGCUUUCGACCUUGCAAAAGAAUUUGGCAUCCGACCAUAUAUUUUCUUUCCUUGUAAUGCUAAUGUAUUGCAAUUACUUUUGAAUUUAUCUAGUCUUCAUCAAAGUUAUUCUGGUGCAUUCAAGGAUCUGCCUCAACCACUUUGUCUUCCGGGCUGCGUUCCUAUUCCAGGAACUGAAAUCUUGCCACCGCUUCAAGACAAGAAAGAUGAUGCAUAUAUGUGGAUUUUGCAUCACGCUCGGCGUUAUAGCUUGGCCGAAGGUAUUUUGGUUAACACAUUUGUUGAUUUGGAAUCAAGUGUUUUGGAAGUAUUGCAACAAGGAAUACCGACCAUCUACCCGGUUGGACCUAUUACAAGCAGUAGCUCAAUUGGCAAGGGUUUUGAUGACGCGUCAGGGUGUUUGCAGUGGUUGGAUAAUCAGCCACUUGAAUCUGUUUUAUAUGUAUCAUUUGGUAGUUUUGGGUUUCUGUCUUAUGAACAGAUGAUUGAAUUGGCAUAUGGGUUAGAGAUAAGUGGGCAAAGAUUUUUGUGGGUUGUCAAAUGCCCGGCAGCAGCAACAAUCGAUGCUUCUUUAUCCAAGCAGAUGAGAACAGAUCCAUUUCAUUUCCUGCCUGAUGGAUACUUGAAUAGGAUACACGGCUCGGGAUUCUUAGUGCCUUCAUGGGCGCCGCAGAUCCAGAUACUAAACCAUGGAUCAACAGGAGGAUUCUUGAGCCAUUGCGGAUGGAAUUCGACGCUUGAGAGCAUUGUUUGCGGCAAACCAAUGAUCACAUGGCCUCUUUACGCGGAACAAAGAAUGAAUGCGGUAAUGUUGGUGGAGGAUAUAGGAGUUGCGGUUCGACCGAAGCCUGACGAAAACGGUUUGAUUGGACGAGAAGAGAUUUCUCGAGUUGUUAAGAUACUGAUGGGAGGAGGAGGAGAAGGAAAGAGUCUUAGGGACAAGACAAGACAACUUAAGGAAGGUGCUGCAAGUGUAGUGAGUGAAGAUGGAUCAUCUAACAUUUCAUUUCUUGAAGUUGUAGACAAGUGGAAACAGCUUAGCAGCUAAUGCACCUGACAUAAAAUUUGUGUAUCCAUGUAAAAGAUUUGAUUGUUGAGUGAAAAUUGUUUGUAUUUUCUUACUACGACCAAGAGAAAUGAAAUGCAAAUUUACAAUGGAA